ACUUGCUUUAUUCAGCUUCAUUUCAUUUUCAGAAUAGUUCUGUGGAGAACCCACAUCAAUAGUCUGUAAAUAUUUUAAGUGAAAACAGUUUAAUUUUUCAAUUAUUGCAAAAACAAAGCUUUUUGCUUGUGGAGAAAUGUUAAGAAGCAGCGAGAGAAUCAUCCACAAUUCCAUUAUCUUGUGCUGUCCAAAAUGGAACUCACUAGCUACAUGUGGCUACUUAAUUGGAAUUAGACAAAUAGUUCAUUUCCUCAGUCGUACUGCUACAUUUUAAGAACUUCAUAGCCCCAUGUGGCUAGUGACUUGUUUUGAACAGGGGAGAUUGUAGAAUAUAUACAUUGUCACAGGAAGUUCUACUGGAUAGCACUGAGGGAGAUACUGUUUCUUUUUUGGUGUAUACCCCUCUAGACCUUUGGGUGUGUGUAUUCAUACAUUUAUAUAAUGGGAUCAUACUGUUACCCACUUCUUUCACUUAAUAGAUGGGGAGAACGUAAAAUUUAUGGGAAAUUUCAAGCAUGUACGGGUAGAGAAAAUCAAUAGCUGUAAGCUCAUGGCUUAUAUUUAUUCUCAUACCCAUUUUUCCCCUUUCCUGGACUUUUUUUUGGAACCAGAUCCUAGACCUUUCACCAGCAAAUCAUUCCGUAUGUACAUCUAAAAGUUGAGGACCGUUCAAAAAUCGUAACACUUCUUAAACUGUGAAACUACAUAAUCAAUAUUCAAAUUGGUUGUCUCAAAUACGAUUUUUAAAAUAGAUCGUGCAAAUCAGAAUUCACGUAAGUUCCAUACAUUGCAGUUGGUGAAUAUGUUUCUUAGUCUCUAUAGGUUUUUUUUUCCAUUUGUUACCAUUACUAUUUUCUUUUUUUGGAAUUGGGGUCUCGCACUGUCGUCCAGGCUGGAGUCCUGUGGCGAUCGUAGCUCACUGCAGCCUUGGACCCCUGAGCUCAAGUGAUCCUCCCACCUCAGUCUCCCACAUAGCUUGGAGUACGGGUAUGAGCCACCUCACCCAUUUGUUAGUUUUUUAAAUUUCCACCUGCAGUUUGUUGAAAACAUCACUUUUAAUGACUGCAUUAUUUUAGCUUUAACCACUUUAUUGAUGACCAUUUGAUUCUGAUUUUUUGCCAUCAUGAACCUAGCUUUGCUUUAUUUUUAUGUUUGUUUUUUGAGACAGGGUCUCGCUCUCUUUCCCCAGGCUAGAGUACAGAGGCACAAUCUUGGCUCACUGCAUCCUCUGCCUCCUGGGUUCAAGCGAUUCUCUUGCCUCAGCCUCUCGAGUAGCUGGAAUUACAGGUGUCCGCCACCACACUGCCUACUUUUUUUUUUUGAGACAGAGUUUCGCUCUUGUCGCCCAGGCUGGAGUGCAGCGUUAUGAUCUCGGCUCACUGCAACCUCCCCCUCCUGGGUUCAAGCGAUUCUCCUGCCUCAGCCUCCUGAGUAGCUGGGAUUACAGGCGCCCGCCACCAUGUCUGGCUAAUUUUUUGUAUUUUUAGUAGAGACGGUGUUUCGCCAUGUUGGGCAGGCUGGUCUCGAACUCCUGGCCUCAGGUGAUCUGCCCUCCUCGGCCUCCUAAAGUGCUAGGAUUACAGGCGUUUAAGCCACCAUUCCCGGCCUAAGCCACCAUGCUUGGCCUUGCUUUAUUCUUAUGGUUAAAUAUUUUGAACAUUCUUAAAUUAUUAGGAAGAUUUUCUAGAAAUAAAAAUGCUGUUUCAAUGGUUGAGUAUAUUUUUGAGACUCAUCCAAUGUGGUAGGCACCGUGUUAAGGUACUGGGUAUAUUGUGGUUAAUAAAAAACAAAUGUAUAUUCUGUUCUCUUGGAGUCACGUGUUCUUGCAAUGAAGAAAGAUGAGACUAGGGUAGUACAUAUAUUUAGGUGGCCCUCACAGAAUUAUUGAGGAUGGCACUUAGCCCAGACACUGGAUAGGAGGUAUUUAGAGAUCACUUGUGUAGGUAGUAACAUGUAAGCCAAGGUCUGAAGCAGAGAGGUUGGAUAAUCUAUGCAACCUUACAAUGUGGAAAUGACUCAACAGGAAAAACCAUUUACCUAAUCUCUGGUCAGAAAUCACAGAACUUGGCCAAAGAACUGAAGGGUUACUGUACUUACUCAAGUUCUUUGUCUAUUUAGACAUGUUAUGAUACACCAGUUAUCUAUAACCUGAGAAAAUAGCGCAUAUUACCAACUGUCAUAUUACAUACUUUUUAAUUGUGCUACUACUAUGCUUCGUAUGUUGUAGGCACUCAGUAUCUAUUGGAUAAAUAGCUGGCUACUUUGAACCUACUGUUUUUGCUUUCUGUCAGCAAUACACUUCAGGAAGCUGCAACAAAAAAUUUUAUUUAUGGGCAAAUAACUGGGAAUGAUAAGCUACAAUAAUAUUGAUAAGUCAGAAUGAUACAUUAUGAUAAGUCAGAACAAUAUAAUUAUUUUUCUGAUUUCCUGUGUAAAAUUUAUUUUUUUGUUACAGUGACCUGAUUGUGCUACUGCUGCACUUUAUUUGUAUUUUUGAUUUUGUAAAAAUUUUAUUUAGUUUUUUGAGACGGAGUCUCACCCUGUCAUGCAGGCUAGAGUGCAGUGGCACUAUCUCAGCUCGCUGCAACCUCCGCCUCCCGGGUUCAAACGAUUCUCCUGCCUCAGCCUCCCGAGUAGCUGGGAUUACAGGCGCUGGCCACCAUGCCCAGCUAAUUUUUGUAGUUUUAGUAGGGACGGGGGUUUCACCAUGUUGGCCAGACUGGCCUCGAACUCCUGACCUCGUGAUCUGCCCGCCUCAGCCUCCCAAAGUGCUGGAAUUACAGGCGUGAGCCGCCACAUCCGGCCACACCCUAUGUAAAAUUUAAAUGAUCAUUAUGUCUUAGCCAUAAAUUUCCGGGAGUAGUGAUCUUACAAAGGUUUGAAAAAACAUUUGUUGAAUAAAUUGAAUAUAAAAUAACAGAGGGAAAAAAAAACCCCACCUUACUCUGAUGGUGUAGGUAGGGGAUGAAAAGGCACAAUUCUAGGAUUACUUCUCCUUUAUUAGUGAACAGUAAUUAGAAUGUAAUAAUACAGCUCUAGCAUGCUUCUUGGAGAGACUGGAACAUGUAAUAAAGCCUUAACAGAGAUUUGGGGUUUAUUUAUAAAUACCACAGAAAAGCUUAUGGUUGUGGAAUUGUGUUUUUGCACAUGUUGGAUAUUUAGGCUUUAAAAAAGGAGUUUGGUGUCUUUAGCAGAGUUUAUUGGUAGGCACUGUUCUAACUGCUUUUUUUUUUUUUUUUUUUUUUUGAGACGGAGUCUCGCUCAGUCGCCCAGGCUGGAGUGCAGUGGCGCGAUCUCGGCUCACUGCAAGCUCCGCCUCCCGGGUUUACACCAUUCUCCUGCCUCAGCCUCCUGAGUAGCUGGGACUACAGGCGCCCGCCACCACGCCCGGCUAAUUUUUUGUAUUUUUAGUAGAGACGGGGUUUCACCGUGUUAGCCAGGAUGGUCUCCAUCUCCUGACCUCGUGAUCUGCCCGCCUCGGCCUCCCAAAGUGCUGGGAUUACAGGUGUGAGCCACCGCGCCCGGCCUGUUUUUUAAAUAUUGUCUCUCAUGAGCCAAUGAGGCAUAGAUACUAGUAUUAGCCCCAUUUUCUAUAUGGUGUAAUUGUAGUUCGGCGUUAUUAAGUAACGUGUGUAAAGUCCAGCAACCUGUAGUGGAAGAGCUUGAAUUCCAGCCUGGAUCAUUCACCCCAGGACUUGCUCUCUUAACCAGCUGUUAACCAUAUGCUAACAGUUGUGGUAAAAUACACACAACUCAGAGCUUGAGUGACUGUUUUUGGAGCUAAUCUUGACUAGACGCUUGGACUUGGAAACAGUAAGACUUGGGUUAGGAUUCCAGCUCCAUUAUUUACUAGCCUGCUAGAUUUGGGUAAUUCUCUAAAUCUCAAUUUUCUCCAUUGUAAAAUGCUUCUACCUCAUAGAGUUGUAAGGAUCAAAUGAACUGCUCGAGUGUGGUAAUUCUGCUAUUCGGGUUUUUUCCCCAAGGUGAGUAGUAUGUGUGAACUUGUUGCAGGCCUAUUUCAGAGGUCCAAUGUUUUCCAGAAAAGUGCUGCUUCAAUAGAAAAGAACAAGAGUUAAAAAUGGGAUGGACCGAAAAUCUGGGAAAGGUGGGCUCUACCCACACUUUGAGAAAUGAUGGCAUAGCCCAAUAAACUCUGAGAGACCAAUCUAUAUGUGCGUUUGUCCAUUAUUUUCACCCCCUCCUCUCGAGCAUGCACAGCACUUGCACGUGUUUACUUAAAAACUACUGGUAUAGCCUCAAUUCUUAGAAGACUGAAGUUAGUACGUUUUUAUCUAGUUAGCAGUGUGCAACUGCCUAGGGUCAAAAUUGCUACUGGCUAGCUGUGUGACUUUGGGCACGUGACCUCGGCGUGCAAAACUCCCUGGUACUCUCAAGGAGGCUCUUGAUAAAGUGUUAAAAGUCUGUUUAUAAAACAAAAGUGGAUGAAUGUCGCCCUCCAGGGCUUUGCGGUGCUGGGGCUCGGGGAGCAGCCUCGCAGGUUCGUGCGGGCGGCGGGGGCCCCCCUGCUGGCCACAUCCUCCAGCCUCCCUCCGCUCGGCCUCCGGCGCGACGUGCGGCCCGAGCCAUUUCCUCCCAGGGCGGGGGAAAAGGGAGGAACUGCCGGUUUAAAUUGCCUAGCUACGGCUCGUGUGCAGGGAGAGGCCGAGACGGCUUAAAGCCUCCAAGAAAUUGAGGGGAAAAAGGUGCAGAGAUUAAAGUUUUACCUCUUGGUGCCUCCAGGUUCGCUUUUGGCUAACCUAAGUUCCUCUGUUCGGGCGCCUCCAUUCCUUUCAAGACUCAGCUUGGAUAUCCUCUGGGGCUCGCCGCGUAGGACGCCAUUUCUCAGCCGGGACAGCGGGCCAUCCCUCAGCACGCUGGAGUCCGGAAUCCGCCCCUCCUAACGCCCGGCGCCGGAUCCCACCCUAACCCCUCCCUUAAUACCCUUGGAACCUAGGACCCAGCGGUUUCGGCACGCCCGGCCCCGCCCCUCCGCGCACCGGCGCCCGCGAUUGGCUCCGGGAGGCGCGGCCCCGCCCCUGCCAUGGCCGCCGCCUGGCGCCGGGGCUAAGUGGCCGCCGGCGUCCGGGUACCCGAGGGCUCUCCCGCGUUGCUGGCACCGCUGGCGCCGCGGUCUCGUAGCGCAUGGGCCUCCUCCGAGGCGGGCUCCCAUGCGCUCGGGCCAUGGCGCGCCUGGGCGCUGUGCGCUCCCACUACUGCGCCCUGCUGCUGGCCGCGGCGCUGGCCGUCUGCGCCUUCUACUACCUCGGCUCAGGCCGGGAGACCUUCUCCAGCGCCACCAAGAGGCUGAAGGAGGCCCGCGCCGGGGCUCCCGCCGCGCCCUCGCCGCCCGCGCUGGAGCUAGCGCGGGGCUCCGUGGCGCCAGCCCCCGGCGCGAAGGCCAAGAGCUUGGAGGGCGGCGGUGCCGGGCCGGUGGACUACCACCUGCUGAUGAUGUUCACCAAGGCGGAGCACAAUGCCGCGCUGCAGGCCAAGGCCCGCGUCGCGCUGCGCUCACUGCUGCGUCUCGCCAAGUUCGAGGCGCACGAGGUGCUUAACCUUCACUUCGUGAGCGAGGAGGCCAGCCGCGAGGUGGCCAAGGGCCUGCUGCGGGAGCUCCUGCCGCCCGCCGCUGGCUUCAAGUGCAAGGUCAUCUUCCACGACGUUGCUGUGCUGACGGAUAAGCUCUUCCCCGUCGUGGAGGCCAUGCAGAAGCACUUCAGUGCUGGCUCGGGAACCUACUACAGUGACUCCAUCUUCUUCCUCUCGGUCGCCAUGCAUCAGAUCAUGCCCAAAGAGAUCCUGCAGAUCAUUCAGCUGGACCUAGACCUGAAGUUUAAGACCAACAUCCGGGAGUUGUUUGAGGAAUUUGACAGUUUCCUGCCAGGCGCCAUCAUCGGCAUAGCCCGGGAGAUGCAGCCAGUUUACAGGCACACGUUCUGGCAGUUCCGCCAUGAGAACCCCCAGACCCGGGUUGGGGGCCCGCCCCCCGAGGGGCUGCCGGGCUUCAACAGCGGGGUGAUGUUGCUGAGCCUGGAGGCCAUGCGCCAGUCCCCGCUCUACAGCCGCCUGCUGGAGCCGGCGCAGGUGCAGCAGCUGGCCGACAAGUACCACUUCCGCGGCCACCUCGGGGACCAGGACUUCUUCACCAUGAUCGGCAUGGAGCACCCCAAGCUCUUCCAUGUGCUGGACUGUACCUGGAACCGGCAGCUGUGCACCUGGUGGAGGGACCAUGGCUACAGUGACGUCUUCGAGGCCUAUUUCAGGUGUGAGGGCCACGUCAAGAUCUACCACGGGAACUGCAACACUCCCAUCCCGGAGGACUAGGCGCACCCCCUGCCUUGCCCCCGGGGCCUCCAGAUCUGGGGGAAGGACAGGGCUCCUUGGGACAGACCCAAGGGCAGUAUCUGACCCACUAGAGAGACACCGCAGGGAAGUCCUGUGAUUAAGGUGCUGAGACCUCCUGCCGGGCAGGUCACUGUGCUGAGGCCACCCGCCAAGGACUGGCCUGUGCACUGCUGGUGCUUGGGACCUUAUUUCUCCAGGGAGCAGGUGACACAAAGGACACGCAUGUCCAGUGGGCUGGGAAGCAAGCACUUGAAGAGAAGGAAGGGGAGAAAGGGUCCCCCUUGCUGUCUGCCUCUGAGGAAUGGAAAUCCUUUAGACCCGGCCUUUUUUGGACCAAUGUAAAUGUAAUUUAAAUUGACAGCCUUCCAUUUUUCGAGAAAGUACAAACGGAACUGCUUUAGCACCCAUCGAGCCCCAAACGGGUAAGGUAAGCCGAGGUUUUAAUGACCAGCCAGUAUCUAAGCGUCCAAACGAAUGCCAGCCCAUCGCAUACUCACCCUGGGAGGCUGCUGCACGCGCAUUCUCCUGACGCUCACAUCACUUGGUGUAGGUUUCAGGAUCGCCUCUUCGAGGAAGGACUUCAGGACCAACUGGGGCCUGCAUAAGAAAACUUAUAUCAUUAUUAGAGCACUCACAGCUUGUAUCUCCCAGCUACAUCCUAGAACCCCAUUGUCCUUUAUUCAACCAAACCAGCUCCAGGUGACCAGACUCUACUCAGAAAGCAAAUUCAUCGUCAAAGAACAGAGAUUGGCCACCACGAGGACAUGCAGGAGAACUGUCUGGAUCAGGAAGACUCAUUCCAAAAAGGAGCCCAGGCCGGGCACAGUGGUCAAGCCUGUAAUCCCAACACUUUGGGAGACCGAGGUGGGGGGAUCGAUUGAGCCUCGGAGGUCGAGAUCAGCCUGGGAAACACAGGGAGGCCCCCAUCGCUACAAAACGUUUUAAAAAUUAGCCAGGUGUGGUGGCUUGUGCUUGUUGUCCCGGCUACUUGGGAGGCUGAAGUGGGAGGGUGGCUUGAGUCCAGGAGUUCACUGCACUGAGCUGUGAUCACACCACUGCACUCCAGCCUGGACGACAGAGUGAGACGUCCAUCUCAAAAAAAAAAAAGGAACCCAGCAAUUCCCAAGUGUGACCAUGUGGGCUUGGAAGACAUGUCACUCAUGGGCUAGUAAGCAUUCUAGUUUCUUUGUUUAAAAAAUCCCCUUAUCAUACCACGUUAGACCGUAGACCUUAGCAGAAAUUAAAGCGUCGUUUCUUUUGAUGGGGCCUCCUGUACGUAGGCUGCAGACGUGAAAGCCCCAGGGGUCCAUUUGUAUCAUCUAGCUGAGGUCCUUGGAGAAAUGCUGUGGAAUUUAAUCUUGUUUUGUUUCAAUUUCAUUUACGUUUUUCUUUUUCCCAUGAGUGAGGAUAGCUAAUAAAUCAUCUUUGAGAA